ACACGUAUAUUUACAAACAUAAGAGACAGCAAACACUUCAUAAAGUCUUAUGAACGCUUCUGUUUAGUCUUGGUUUGUGUAUGAGUUCUACUUAAUGGCAAAGUAAUAACAUGGCGACAAGAUGACACUCGUUGCAGUUUGCCCAAAUCACGCCGAGUCGUAAGAAUGAAUUGUUUUCUACGAAAUUAAAAUCCUUUAUUCUCAGUAAAUGGCUAAAAAACACAUAAGAAAUCAAAGUACAAGUCCUUCGACGUGCUUCAUUUCAAGUAAAGACCCAGCGGGCAUAACAUCUCAUCAAAAACAAGAGAGCUUAGUGCGUUGUGCGAAAACUUCACCAGACAACUGUUUGACUCACGCAAGAGUAAAUCAACUCUCCAGCAAUCCUUUUCAGUUUGUAAAAACUCGAUUUGAUGAUUCUGCAAACAGCCUUCCUCGUCCAUUGCAGACUGCCACAGGUAGCGAGCCAGUUUGUCAGUAUCAUUACUACCAGACAAGUACCAAUAGAUGGAUGAAUCAGGCUGAAUACAAACAUCAAAAUAUCAAUUGCUGGCUAGAGAACGUACUAAAGAACAACCAAAAUAAAAGAGAAGAAAUCGAGGACUUUGAGACAGAACAAAUCACGCAGGAUGAAGAAGAUGAACAUCUUAGCAUCGAUGACAGCAGCGCCAGCUGUUUGCUCAGAGCCAAGCGGUAUAAACCAUAUCACGCAUGCGCUAAGAGAGAUCUACCAAUUACAGACCAGAAUGAGAUGAACUGUCGACAGGAUAAAAUAAUGACACUUACGACUCUUAUUACGAGGCACGAUGAACAUAAAAACGGUCUUAAACUAUGCCGAAAUAUGGACAGUGACAAACAAAGACUGAACACUGGAAAAAAGACACUUCGUGGACCUGAGAGAGGAAAAAACUGUCAACUCCAACCAAACUCGAGCAAAUCUAAAGCAAAUGGUAAACCAGCGAAGGAGAAAAAAAUGACUUCUUUUGAUAUCCGAAACCCGAACUCGAUAUUUCUUGCUGUAUUAGAGGAAGAACAGCUAGCGCGACGACGAUUAACCGGUGGAUGGAGUUGUUGCGCGACUGAAACUCUUACAGGACAACAAGACGAGUUGCGGGUCGAGUUGGAAAAUAUUUCUGCCUCGUGAAACCCACUUUACUGCAGAGCUAGUGUUAUAAAUAUUACCAUGAAUAUAAUAGUAUUAAUAUUUAGUAUUAUUAGGUAAUUAAUAUUAUCAAUCCGAUUCAAAAUGUUGGACUUGAUGGUGGACUUGAAUGAUGGAUGUGAUAAGGAGUAUGUCGUCAUUAACUUCUCUUGUUCAUUCAAACAAAAUGGCGGCUACAGCUUUGUCUUGUAUUUCUCAGGGAAUUCCUCGUCAUGUGGCUGCUACAUAUAGGAGCUGAUCAUUGACAGGUGGUGGGAUGAUUUGGUCUGUGCAAGUAUUUUUUUUAUUUGACAAAAUUACAAAGUUUCUAGUGAAGAGUUUGACUUGCAGGAAAUUUUGCGUGCCACCAAUUUCUUUUCAAAAUCACCCACCUCCUCCCUCAAAAGUCUAAUGUUCAGCCCCUAAGUCAUGCAGUCUCAAAUGACUAAUGCUACCAAUAAAAGCGAUAGAUAGAUAU